GUAUAAAUAUCCAUUUACUGCUUUAUGUACAGUAUUUCACAACAGCAGCAUAUAUUCAACAUCACACAAUGGAGUUCUGUGGAAAGAUCUGUAUGCACGGGCAUCCAUGCAGGGGACUGAAAGAUGAAAAUUCAUGUGUCCCUUGCCUUUCAUGUAACAAUGCAAACCAAAAACACACAGCAAAUGAUAUGUGUAUGAUAUGCUAUACAGAACCACUGCCUUCAUUCCCAUGUAUAAAGUUGGAAUGCGAUCAUAUAUUCCACUACGAGUGUGUACGCCAGAUUCUGGAGAAGCGAUGGAUUGGACCAAGAAUAACAUUCGGGUUUUCACUAUGUCCUAUUUGCAAGACAAGAGUAAGUCAUCCUUCAUUGGAAGAAGUUCUACAACCUAUUAACUGUUUGUUCGGAGAUGUGAAGACCAAAUCUUUAACAAGACUAGAAUAUGAAGGUCUAUUCAAAUGUGAUGCCAUAAACAAACCAGGUGGAAUAUUCUAUCAGGAUCCAGCAAGAUAUGCUAUGGAAAGAUAUGCAUAUUAUGAAUGUUCAAAAUGUGGAAAGGCUUAUUAUGGAGGUGAAGGUAGAUGUGAACACGACCAUGAUGACGAUUUUAAUCCUGCAGAUCUUGUCUGUGGUGGGUGUGUUGAUAUUUCUAGAGAACAGGAAUGUCCAAAACAUGGAAAGGAUUUUAUUGAGUUCAAGUGCCGUUACUGUUGUUCUAUAGCAGUUUUCUAUUGUUUUGGAACUACACACUUCUGUAACACUUGUCAUAACAACCACACUGUUGUCACCAACAUGUCAAAACCGCAAUUACCACAAUGCCCAGCAGCUCCCCUCGGGAAAAAGUUAACAGGAACUGAAUGCCCUCUUGGACUGCAACACCCUCCAACUGGUGAUGAGUUCUCCCUUGGUUGUGCACUCUGCAAAAAUCUACAAUGCUUUUAAUGUUUGUUUUCCAUAUAUCUCACAUGUAAUUGGUGCUUUAAUCAAGUUUAAUUUGUAUAGUUAUAGUCUUAAGGUUUAAGAUCUUACAUUGCAAAAUUGAUAUUUUCUUACUUGUAUAAUUGUUUUUGUUUGUUAUUAAAAUAAAAUUACUAUUUUAGUAUAAUUUCUAGUACAUUUGUAUGUGUAAUGUAAGUGUAAUAUAUUAGUCAUUAUUAUCAUUUAUUUCAUAAUCUUUGUCAACACAAUUCAAAUGCUGAUGGCAUGAAAUGAUGAAAAUGUGAAAAUAUUAUGCAAUGAUGUUUUACUGUUGGAGUCUGCAGUUACUGUUUCAAUGAUGAUGGCAAUUUAAUAAUAGCAUGAAAUGAUGAUGAAAAUGUGAAACUAGCAUAAAAUGAUGAUGAAAAUGUGAAAACAGCAGAAUAUGCUGAUAAAAAUGUGAAAAAAAGUUUAAAAUGAUGAUCAAAAUUGUGAAAAUAGCAUGAAAUGUUGAUAAAAAUGUGUAAAAAAUUAUGAAAUGCUGAUAAAAAUGUGAAAAUAGCAAACAUAACAUGAUAAUUGGAAAUAACAUGAAAUCCUGAUAAUAAUAUGAAAAUAUCUUGAAAUGAUGAUGAAAAUGUGGAGAUAGCAUAAAACUAGAUAUCAUUGAGAUGGGAGCCAUCUCUGUGGGCCCCGCUGUGAAUAAUGUGUGGUAAAAAUUUUGUACCUUUAUCAUUGGACAUGGGGUUGUCAACUGAAACCAAAGUUUUUGACCUUGACCUUUAACCUAAGAAGUUGUACAUAAAUUAUGACAUGCCCUCUGGUGUUGGUUUAUAUACACAUCAAGUAUAAACUUUGAAAUCAUAACGGUUCUCAAGAUAUAGAGCGGACACGAUCUUUACCAUAGGACAUGGGGUUGUCAACUAAAACCAAAGUUUUUGACCUUGACCUUUGAUCUAGGAAGUUGUUCAUACAUUAUGACACACCCUCUGGUGUUGGUUUAUAUACAUAGUAAGUAUAAACCUUGAAAUCAUAACGGUUCUCAAGAUAUAGAGCGGACACGAUCUUUACCAUAGGACAUGGGGUUGUCAACUAAAAGCAGUUUUUGACCUUGACCUUUGACCUAGGAUGUUGUACAUACAUUAUGACACACCCUCUGAUGUUGGUUAAUAUACAUGUCAAGUAUAAACUUUGAAAUCAUAACGGUUCUUUAGAUAUAGAGCGGACACAAUUUGUUAAGGACGGACUGACGGACUGACAGAAUGAUCACUAUGGGGCGUAUAUAAUAAUGAUAGAAGUAAAAAGUAUAAACUUUCAAAAGAAUUGAAUAGUUAAAAGCGUUAUUUCAUCUUUGAGCUAAAUGUUAAUGUGCAUCAGUUUUAUUUUAGAUAGGGAUUGGCUUGAAAGGGGAAAUUGCCCCAUCACCAUUUCCAAUGACAAGUUUAAGACUAUAUUUUUGCACUUUCAGUUGAUAGUUUCUUUUCUAAUAAUUGUAACGUUUUGUAGUACAAUGUUUAUACUCUUUAUGCAAUUGAUGCAAUAUGUCCUAUAUUUAAAGUUUAAUUGAUAUCUUCUUAUUUUUAGCACUUACAUAAUUUUAAACCCCUAUAUAAGUAAAUCUUAAAAUACAUUUAUUUUUGAAAUUCCCUUUAUUUGGUUUUUCAUCAUUCCUCUCCUAAAGUCAAUGUUUAACUACAUAAUAUGUGUGAUGUAUUGAAGUUGCUAAAAGAAUUAAUGUUGGUGCUAUUAUAUGUAAUGAAUACUUUGCAAAUAAACUUAAAUUUCAUUUGAAAGUAAAGCUGAUGUAAAACAGUAUCAAUGAUGGCUAUAUGUAUGUGUUCAAUAUCUAUUUGUUUAUACAGUUCAAAUGCAGAACUUUCUACUGAUUAGAUAAUAUACAGUUUAUUAUUGUAUGUUUUUAAAGAUUGUGUAAACAGUCAUUAAGGUUGUGUUUGUUUAUGGUUUAUCAUUAUUCAUGUUACAAAUUAUUUACAAAUACAGAAAAUAAAGGUGUUUUGUUUCUUA